AUGUUGCCCUCUGAAGAUGCUCCUCUGACAACCUCUGUCAUCUCCUCCUUCGGGCCCAACAGCUCACCCAGAGCUCGGGAGAUCUUAACUGGGUUGAUCCGAUAUCUCCACGCCUUCUGUCGUGAAGUCAACCUCACCACAGAAGAACUAUACAUUGCCAUUGAGGCUUUGAACAGGUCUGGUCAGAUGAGCAAUGCCGAGCGAAACGAGACUUUGUUGAUCUCCGACUGCCUGGGCGUAGAGGCACUGGUCGAUGCUCGAACACAGAAGAUGCUUGAACAGGAUAACGGAACCAACUCUUGCAUUUUAGGCCCGUUCUACGUCGCUGAUCCUCCUCGAUAUGAGAAUGGAGAUACCAUCAUCCAGAAGUAUCUCGGUGGAGAGGUAACAUACUUCCAUGGUCGAAUAUUGGAUGCUGAUACCAACCAACCCGUGGCAGGUGCUUCUCUGAACGUCUGGGAGUGUGCAGUCAACGGACUGUAUGACCAACAGGAUCCCAACCAGCCAUCUGGAAACAUGCGCGGCAUGUUCACCUCCGAUUCAGAGGGCAAAUAUGCUUUCUACUGUAUCAAGCCAGUUCCUUACCCCGUACCUUACGACGGUCCCGCUGGGGAUAUUCUCAAACUCAUGGAUCGCCAUCCUUACCGAGCUGGUCAUAUCCACUUCAUGGUAACCAGGGCUUGUUACAACCGCCUGAUUACACAGGUGUUUCCUGAAGACGACACUUAUCUCGACUCCGACUCGGUGUACGCUGUUAAAUCAGAUCUUCUUUUGAAGUUCAAGCCUUGUAACUCCGGCUCACUGAAGGGUAUUGGUGGCAAGGAUGUCGAUGUGAAGUGGGAAGUUAACUGGGACUUCAGGAUCAAGCAACAGAAAGAUUAA